AUGGUAUUAAAAGAUGAUAACCCACCACCACCUUAUCAUUUAAUUUCUAAAGAAGAUAAUCAAAACAACAGCAACAACGAUAGCAAUAACGACGAUGACAUAGAGGACACGUCUGAACCAGUAUCACAACCCAAACUUGAAGAUUUCCGAAGUUUUAAAUACUCAAUUGAGUCGAUUUUCCCAAAAUUUGACAAAACUAAAGUUCAAGAUCCUAAAUUCAUUCCCACUACUACUGAAGCUUUAGCCCAUUUGAAAUUAUUAAAAGCGUUUGCAGUCAUGAAAAGCAAAGUUGUUAGAGAUGCAGAUGCUCCCAAAGACUUUCAAAUCAAUCAAUGGAAAUCAUUUAUCACAAUGGCCGUGAGACGAUUCAUUAUCUUUGUAUCAGCAUUGAAAACUUUAUACAUUGGCAACAACGGAAAGACAACUCAUAGAUCUUUUGAAGAGUUGAAUAAAAAAGAAGAAUUUGAAAAUGUUAUGGCACACUUGUUACCCCCAUUAGACGUAAUCAUGGUAUGGCAUGCAUUUUUAUUGAAUCCAAAAGCAUUUUACGAUACAUUUUCUAGAAAUUCAUUUAUUGAUUUUGCCAAAUAUCCCUUACCAUUGGAUAGAAUUGACUUCUAUAUCAAUAACGAAACUUUUGAGUACAAGGUCUCCGAAACUUAUCAAACAAAUUAUAUUGAUUUAUUGAAAAGGUUUACCAAUAAUGGUAGUGAUUUGAUAUAUCAUAUGAAUAAUUUUAUAAUGUAUGAACAAUAUGUCAUUAUUAAUUGUCCAACUUGCAAAAUUGCUAUAUCUGAUCCUAUUCCAUUAGUUACUGAUGGAAAUAAAGGAUUUGCUGAUUCUGAAUUUAUGGCUAAGAAAAAAUAUCAACAAAAGUCUAUUGAUUCUACAGAUUGUUAUUGUUCUCAUAUCGAAUAUCUUACCCAUGAUCAACUAAGAAAACUUCAAUUAUUUCACGAUAUACAUGCUUCUGAACCAUUACCAGGUAUAAACAAACAUUUUUCCAAUUUUUUAAGUCAUCCGAGAUUUUCAAAUAGAAAUACAUCAAUAAUCAAUUAUACUAUAAAAGAUGAAGCUAAAAAAUUUUGGGACAAUUCCAGCAUUAGUGUUUCGACAGUAAUGGUAAGUGUGAUCAGUGCAACUACUAAAAGCAGCGAUAUUAAGAAAGCUAUUCUACGUGAUUACUUACAAUUCAAUCUCAUUCAUUUGACUGUACCUAAUAAUACCAUUUCAAUUGGUGAAGAUCUUGUCGGUUGUGUAUUACGACAAGAAUCUUUUGUCAAAAAAAUGAACACAAUCAAUUGGGUACAUUCAACUACAGCUCAAGAAAAAUUGGAAACCUCAUUGGUAAGAUAUCAAAGGUUUUUCCGGAUGUUAACUGAUAAAAAUUUGAAAAGAAUGUUAGUCCCGACUUUAGAUAUCGAUUUAAUGUGGCACACGCACCAGCUAUGGAUGUAUGGUUAUUUCCAUGAUUGUUUAAACUCACCAUGCCAUUCUGCAAUUGAUCAUAAUGACAAAAUAGAAGAAGCAAAACUUGAUAAUGGAUUUGAAUAUACUUCUAAAGCUUAUAAAAAAAAAUUCAAGGAAGAUUAUUCGAUUUGUUAUUGUCAAUAUUGUUCUGAAUUGCGCGCUACUAAAAGGGAAAAAAUUAAAAGCUUUUUCAAAUCAAGUAGAUCUGACGACAAGAAAUUAUACAGCACGUUUAAAUCAGCUUCAAGUGAAAACCCUUUGGUAUUAGAGUCUCCAUCACAUAUUAGCACACACAAUUCUAUUCAAUUACCAACACACACGGCAGAAACACGUAGAUUAAAAAAACCAGUGCCAUGGAGUACUGCUAACAGCAAUUCCCAGUUUUAUGUUGUGUCUCCAAUAGCUCCUGUAGCUGAGGCCCAUUCGCAAUUUUAUGGAAAUGGUUUAUGUUGUUCUGUGACUGCUUCAUGUGCAAGUGGUGCAACAUGUUGUCAAAUUGCAAGUGGGGGUUGUGGAAGCAGCGGUGGAGGAUGCAGCAGUGGAGGAUGCGGAGCAACUGCAUUUGGUGGGGGUGGGUGUGGAGGUGGUGGAGGUGGGGGGUGCGGUGGAGGAGGAUGUGGUGGUGGAGGUGGUAGCAACUAA